UCACACUUUCACACACAUCUACAAACUCAACUCAACCCCAAACCAAACCAAAUCAAACAAACAACAGCAAUCAUGUCUAAUUACGACAGCGGUAACACCGGCUCCUAUGGAGAUGAUUCUUACGGCUCAUCUGGUCGCCAACAAGGAGGCAUGGGAGGUAACUCAGGUAUGGGAGGCAAUGACACCUACGGCUCCGGCAACACAGACAGCUACGGCAGCUCAGGAAACCAAGGUCUCGGCGGUAAUGACAGCUUCGGCGCUGGCCAGACUGGUCAGUCAAACUUGAGCGGAGGUACCGAUUCAUACGGCGCCGGCCGAGCUGGUGAGACUGGUCAAGCUGGUGGCUUGGGUGGUGACAACUACGGCUCCUCUGGACGAACCGGUCAAUCAGGUUUCGGUACCAGCGGCACUGAUGAUUCUUACGGAUCUACUGGUCAAUCAGGACUCGGCGGCUCCGAUACAUAUGGCAGCUCAGGAACCCAAGGUGGUAUGGGCGGCAGCGAUACCUAUGGUUCAUCAGGAACCACUGGUCAGUCAGGUAUUGGUGGCAGUGAUACCUACGGCUCAGGCAAUACCUCAUCUGGCAACUACGGCUCUUCAACGACUGGUGGCUCAGAUACCUACGGCAGCGGUAACACCUCAGGUGGAUACGGAGACAACGACACCUCCAACACCUCUGGCAACAAGAAGGGUGACAGCACCAUGGGCAAGCUCAUGGAGAAGGCUGGUGGUAUGAUGAAGAAUGAGGGUCUCCAAGAGAAGGGAGCUGCUAAGCGUGCUGCCGCUGGUAACGAUGAGUACUCUUCCGGUGGCAACACUGGCUCUUACGGAAGCGGAAACAACAACAACAACGACAACAACUACUAGAUAGUUUCGUUGUUCUGGCGGGGGAGGAUCAUGACUGUACGAUGCGAUGGCUUUUUCAAAUCAGGGAACUCGGUGGGACUGGGAUAACGUGGACAGGUAGCUUUUCAGCUCGUCCUUACGAUGCUUUACAAUAAUGCAUGCAUGGCUUUUCAAACAACU